AUGGAUUCAAACAACAACAAUGAGCGGGAAGAAGACCACAAAUCCAUGGAUGAACAACACACAAUCGUAUACGGCUACAACGACAAUACGAACGACCCAGAAGAAACCGAAACGAUUCUAUCAACAAACCAAACAAAAUCCACAACCAAACGCUACAAAUGUGUUUGGAGGAAGAACGGCAGAUGGAUUGCAAGAACCCGAGAUCCUGCUACCAAUUCGCGCGUCUUUUUGGGCAAAUUUGGCACCAGUGAAGCGGCACUCGCUGCUUAUUUUACGAAGAAGAGUGAAUUUGAGUCGCAAAUUAGGGUUUCGAAUGGUCUUAAUUCGGCGAUGAUUGAUAGGAAUGGGUUUUUGUUGGGGGAUUUUAGUCGGUUGGAUGAUGAUCUCAAGAUCUGCUGA